ACUCCGACCUCUGGGUGUGGCUAUUAGAGUGGCAGCGCACUGGAGACAAAGCGGGGCUUCCGUUCUGUCGCUGCUUCUGGUUCGAUAGACUUCCGUUCUAGUGGGGAGGGUUUUCAAGGGGUGUUUGUGGGACUUUUCCCCCUUUCUGCCCCCCAAAAGCGAAUGUUCCACGGCCAUGGCGGCGCGUCAUGGAAUUGUUGCGGGGCCUGAAGCCGUGGGGCGUAGGUGGCCGAGCAGGACCUGUUCGGUGCUCUGUUGCUUUGCAGCCGUUUCCUUGCUGGCGCUCCUGAUAGCCAUCGCUUGCCGGGCGCUGCGAGGUCCAGGACAUGAAAAAGAGAAAACUGAUAGUAUAGAAGCCAGCAUCUUAGGAUUUUGGAGUCUUCUUGUAAUAGCCCUGAUGACUGGGCUGUCAUGUUGCAGUUUUUCCUGGACAGUGAUCUAUUUUGAUUCGUUCGAACCAGGAAUGUUUCCUCCUACUCCACUCUCACCUGCACGAUUUAAGCGAAUGACAGGACACUCUUUUCACAUGGGCUAUAGUAUGGCUAUAUUGAAUGGAGUUGUGGCAGCUUUCACCGUAGCCUGGAUGCUUUGAAGCUAUCUCCAAACUGGAGCUUAUUGGCAACCUGGAUGGCCAAUAGCGACAUUUUCCACAAAGAUUUCUGUUGUAAUUGAGAACAAUUGACUGCCAUUAAGGAGAGGACAAGGAGAAAAGAAUGUGCUUUCUUACAGAGCCUGGAGGUGAUGUUCUUGAUAUAUAUAAUACAGAGGUUCCCAAACUUUUUUGGUUUGUAGCACCUUUAGUGUCUCAAAAAUUUUUUCACAGUGCCCAUAGGCCAAAAGAAACACUUAACAGUUCCAUUUAUUAGGUAGGUAGGUCCAAACAGCUUAAAUAAAUAUGUCCUAGCAACUUAGUAGCUGUUUGAAAAUAUAAUGCAUAUAAAUUGAAAUAAAAAAUAAUAUUUUUAUUUCAUUUUUAAAUAACCACAAUUACAAAACGGACGCAUAUGCCUGUCGGGCACUGUGCAACUUCUCAAACUUUGGAAUAAGCUUGGAUACCUGUUCCACAUUCAUUUCUUGUUCCACAUUGAUUUUCAUGUGGUAUUUGCUUUUUAUCAGCAGCUGCCGGUGGAUGUAGCAAAAUGUUAAUAUAUCCCACGGCACCCCUGUGAGUUUGCUGUGGCACUCCAGGGCACCAGGUGCACAGUUUGGGAACUGCGGGUUUAAUUCAUUCAUGGAUGAAAAAGAAAUAACGUUAAAGCCUAAAUUUGAGGCCUAUUGUGUGCCAUGAAAAAUGUAAGGGUAAGAAAGAUUUGUCUUCAUAUUUUGUCUACAAAAGGGGACAAAAUUGAAGAACUGAAGAAUUGUAACAGAUCUGAAAUUAAAGUAAAUCUUGAGACUUUAGGACAUUGACUGAAUCUGAUCAGAGAUCAAAUGGUUUGGGGCAGGAUUUUUUAGGGUUCUAAAAUAAUUUAAUGGAGUUCUAUGAGAGACUGAGGGCAAAACAAAAACAGAGCCAAUUUUCUAGCACUAGCGCUCUUGGUCAGCAGUUCUAGGAUCUCUUUUUAACUAACAAGUUCCAUGGCUUGAAAAAGUUUGGAAGCCCCUGGUUUGGGGCCUAAAAAAUAAAAAGGUACAAGAAUGGUGAACUAGUCUCUAGAAAACACUAUUGAUAUAUGCCAAACAGCAGAAGUCCCUCACAGUUGAGAGUUAUGGAUAGAGCAGUGAUAAUAUUCUGAUGUUGACCAUCACAGUGAUAGACUUAUGGAAACGAAACAGAUUCUAGUCAGAAAUAUGGCUUUGGCCUUAACAAAUGAACCAAAUUCUUGAACAGUUCGAUCUUACUUUGGUUGCUGUAUUCAUUGGGGUAGAUUCACUCCCUUAGGUAACACCAACAGAUGUUUGUACAAAUGUAGCAUACUGCUAUCAUGUUCCAGCUGGGACCAAGGUUUUCCCAUAUUUUGUCUCUCCAUCGCAAAAGGUAUAGACCAUUGGUUCUCAACGGGGGUGGUACCACCCCCCGGGGGGCGGUGGGAGG